AACAUGCAACCUAGAAAUCACACAGAUGUUUCAGAAUUCCUUCUCCUGGUAUUGACAGAUGAUCCGGAACUGCAGCCUCUCUUCGUCUUUCUAUUCCUAUGCAUGUACCUGGUCACCAUCGUGGGAAACCUACUCAUCAUCCUGACUGUCAUCUCUGACUCUCACCUGCACACCCCUAUGUACUUCUUUCUCUUCAAUAUGUCCUUUACUGACAUCUAUUUAAGUACAACCACGAUACCCAAAAUGCUGAUCAACAUACAAGCAGAGAGUCAGAGCAUCACUUAUACAGGGUGCAUUACACAAAUUUACUUUGUCCUGUUUUUUGCUAGUUUGGAAAAUUUUCUUCUUGCAAUUAUGGCCUACGACCGCUAUGUGGCCAUUUGCCACCCACUGAGGUACACAGUCAUCAUGAACACCAACUUCUGUGGACUGCUGAUUCUAGUCUCCCUUUUCAUUAGUAUUGUGGAUACACUCCUCCACAGUCUGAUGGUGUUACAGCUGACAUUCUGCGCAGACCUGGAAAUCCCCCUCUUCUUCUGUGAAGUUGUUCAGCUCAUCAAGCUUGCGUGUUCUGAUACCCUCAUCAACAACAUCCUGAUAUAUAUUGCAGCUAGCAUAUUUGGUGGUAUUCCUGUGUGUGGAAUCAUUUUCUCUUAUAUUCGAAUAGUCUCCUCUGUUUUAAGAAUGCCAUCAGUGGGUGGAAAGUAUAAAGCAUUUUCCGUCUGUGGUUCACAUCUCUCAGUUGUAUUCCUAUUCUAUGGGACAGGUUUGGGAGUGUAUAUUAGUUCUGCUCUAAUUAAUUCUUCCAGGAACACUGCAGUGGCUUCAGUGAUCUACACUGUUGUCCCUCAAAUGCUGAAUCCCUUCAUAUAUAGCCUGAGGAACAGGGAUAUGAAAGUAGCUUUGAGAAAACUCAUUGAUAAGAUACUAAUGGUUUUUCAGGAGUGUAUUCUCUAA